CUGAGAAAGGCAGUUGUGCCAGUGUCACACUGAAUUACUGUCAGAGCUGGGCUAAGAAACCAGGUCUUCUCUCUCCUAGGUCCCUUCGUGUCUCAGGUCCUGGCGCUCCUUCUGGUCACGAAGUCCAGAUUAGAAGUAACAGUGCGCUCGGGGGCCUGGUUUGCUCCUUGACCUCCUUUCCAAGGCUGAGGGAUCCCUGCUGCCAUUUUGGGGUUGGGGCUGCAGCGCUCUGCACCCAGUCAUGGAGAGGGGUCCCCUCCCCUCUGGUGACGCAAUCUUACAGUUCAAAGUUUCUAAAAGUUUCUAUUCGGCGCAGCCGGCAACUCAAGGAUUGUAAGACGGGUUUUGCAGCUGGUGCUCGACGUCCGCGCCUCGCCGGGAGCACCGAGAGCAUCCUCGCAGGGCCGCGGGCCUGGCUCCGCCCCCAGCGGGCCGGGGCGGGGCGAGCGCGCCGGGGCCGCGGCGGCCAGGAAGGAGGAAGGGCAGGCGCCGGGGACCGCGCCAUGGCGGCGCACAACCUGGGCACCGAGCUGGACCUUAGCUGGAUCUCCAAAGUACAAGUGAAUCACCCAGCAGUUCUGAGGCGAGCACAGCAAGUCCAGGCUCGCAGAACCGUGAAAAAGGAGUGGCAAGCUGCUUGGCUCCUGAAAGCUGUGACCUUUAUAGACCUUACUACACUUUCAGGUGAUGACACAUCUUCCAACGUUCAGAGGCUCUGUUAUAAAGCCAAGUAUCCCAUCCGGGAAGACCUCUUAAAAGCUUUAAAUAUGCAUGAUAAAGACAUUACUACAGCUGCCGUUUGUGUUUAUCCCGCCCGGGUGUGUGAUGCAGUAAGAGCACUGAAGGCUGCAGGCUGUAAUAUUCCGGUGGCAUCAGUGGCCACUGGCUUUCCAGCUGGACAGACUCAUUUAAAAACAAGAUUAGAAGAGAUCAGAUUGGCUGUGGAAGACGGAGCUACCGAAAUCGAUGUAGUAAUUAACAGGUCCUUGGUGCUGACAGGCCAGUGGGAAGCCCUGUAUGAUGAGAUCCGUCAGUUUCGCAAGGCCUGUGGGGAGGCUCAUCUCAAAACCAUCUUAGCAACAGGAGAACUUGGAUCUCUUACUAAUGUCUAUAAAGCCAGUAUGAUAGCAAUGAUGGCAGGAUCAGAUUUUAUUAAGACCUCUACUGGAAAAGAAACAGUAAAUGCCACCUUCCCCGUAGCUAUAGUAAUGCUACGGGCCAUUAGAGAUUUCUUCUGGAAAACUGGAAACAAGAUAGGCUUCAAACCAGCAGGAGGCAUCCGCAGUGCAAAGGAUGCCCUUGCUUGGCUCUCUCUCAUAAAGGAGGAGCUAGGAGAUGAGUGGCUGAAGCCAGAACUCUUUCGAAUAGGUGCCAGCACUCUGCUUUCGGACAUCGAGAGGCAGAUUUACCAUCACGUGACUGGAAGAUAUGCAGCUUAUCAUGAUCUUCCAAUGUCUUAAAUCAGCGACGAAUUCCAGAAAAGUUUUUUACGAAGUUUAAAAAUUAUUUUUCUGCAUAAUUGCCAAAAUUAUUUAAUUAAAAAAUGAGGGAAUAGGCAACUGACUUUUUUCCCUUGAAAUUUCCAUUGAAUUUAAUUCAAAGAAUUAAAGAAAAAAACCCAGCUUGUCUACACAUGGUACUCAUUUCAGGCGUGUUUGUAAUGGUCUUAGUUCCUAGAAGAUCUGAACUAUUAAUUUUGUGAAGCUUUUCUCUUAAAAACUCUGAGUAAAAUGUUAAUGAUAGCUUUGACCAUGUUAAAUUCUAAUGGAAAAAAAAAAUGUUAAACUGCCCAAGAAAUGUGCUCUAGCAAAAGAAAAUAUAGCAUCCUGAUCUGCUGGCUGUACUGUGACUAAACUUCAAGAGUCACUGACUCAGCACUAAUUUCUGCUGUGAAAAUCCGUCUUUAAUUUUUGCAACAGAUAUGCUCCUUUAUUAAUCGUUUUGCUAAUGAAAUUUCUGUUGUUAUAUAAAGCUAUGGAUAUCAUAGAAUUUUUUAAUUAAGAAAUCCCUGUAGUUGUUUAUUUUAAAAAGGGAAACUUUAAAUUGUAACAAUACAUAUUGAAAAAUUAAUCCAUUAAACAUAUAAUGAAGUUUUAUCAAUGA